AUGAACUUUCCUUAUAUUCCCAUCUAUGAACUAAAUGAAGAUAAUAUUCGACAUUAUGCUUCUAUUUUUUUCAAUUCCGCGUCAGGAUAUUCUCAAUAUGCUCAAUAUGUUAACGAGGAAGUUCAACAAGGUCCAAAGAUUGAAGAAAUUACAAUGGAAGCCAUCCUUGGAAUAAAGUAUCAGAGGGGUAAAGUUCAUUAUCUCGUAAAAUGGGAAACGAUUGAUGAUGCCGAAUGGAUCGAGGCAGACAAAUGUGACAAGCAAUUAAUUAAAGAAUACCUUGACAAAUGUGAUGAAUCAGUUACGAAAACCAAACCCAAUUUUGAUAACAAUGAAAAUGACUCUAAAGCCGCACGGAUUAAAGGUGAUUGGGAAGAACAGGUUGAAAAGGUGGAAAAUAUGUUUAAACAUGCAGUUACCGGAGAAUGGUAUAGCUCAUUGAAAUGGAAAAAUGGAUCUCGUUCUGCACAUCCCAAUAAAGUGGUUAAUAUCAAAUGUCCCCAAAAGGUAAUCUAUUAUUACGAAAGCCGAAUUGUGUUUGGAAAGGAGUAG